UGGUUUGCAGCUUUUGUCAUCGAGUGUAUCGUCAUCUUCUUACUGAAUGCUUUCACUCUCGCCACCUACAUAAGAAACCGCCACUUACGCAAGCGCAGUACGUACCUGAUAAUAAAUCUGACUGUGGCCGAUUUACUGGUGGCAACAGUGGCCGGACCUUCUAUAAUAUUUGAAGAAGACAACCUGGAGACGGUGGAGGGUCUUGAACAAGAUUUAAGUUGGCAAUCAUUUCUGUAUUUCACAUCACAGGAGCUUUUUUUCGUUGCUUCAUUAGCUAAUAUUUCAUUGAUCUCGUUAGAGAGGUUACACGCAACCCUUUUCCCCUAUAGGCAUUGUCUUGUUGGAACAGGAGUUUACCUCGCCACUAUUUUUUGUAGCUGGUUGUUCUCCUUGACUUUGUCAUCUGUCUUUUCUCUUCUUUCUUUCCGUGCAUCGCCGGCUUCUUUUCUGUAUGUCACUGCAGCUUACGUUUUUCUCUGCCUUCUCAUUCUCACAGUUUCAUAUUCUAUAAUCAUCUCAACUGUCAAAAACAACCCUCACACACCUAAAGCUGGAACAGCACUUUCAAAAGAAAGGAAACUAACGGUGACCUUAUUUACAGUUACUGUGGUCUCUUUUCUGACCAUUCUUCCUUGGGCUAUUUGGAAUGUUGUCCUCCAACGCAUAUGGAGUAAAUUAUGCCCUGCAGUAUUUUUUCGUAUCGAUGACUCGUUUGCCUUACUCUAUCUUUUCAAUUCUAUAGUCAAUCCCCUAAUAUAUGCAGUAAGAAUGCAAGAAUUUAGGAAAGCAGCCAGAAAACUUUUUUGUACUAAGACAUCAGAACUAGCGCGAGUCCAACCCAUGGAACCUCUUACAUUG